CUUCUCCUCGGCGAGUGCGUCCUCUGCGGACUGAUCGUGUGGAAGGUGCCGUACACCGAGAUCGAUUGGCGCGCCUACAUGGACGAGGUGGGCGGAUAUCUCGGAGGCGAGCGCGACUAUCUCAAGCUCAAGGGCGACACCGGCCCUUUGGUGUACCCCGCGGGCUUCGUCUACAUCUACGCUUGGCUGAAACAGCUCACCGGCGGCGACAUCUUCCUCGGCCAGUGCGCGUUCGUCGGCCUGUACGUGAUUCACCUCGCCAUCGUGCUCGCUGUCUACGCCGAGGCGCGAUGCGUGCCGCCUUGGGUGCUCGCGGCGCUGUGCCUGAGCAAGAGAAUACACAGUAUAUUCGUCCUGCGUCUGUUCAACGACUGCUUCGCGAUGGCGUUCGCGUACCUCGCCGUGUUCCUCUUCCAACGGAAGCGAUGGGUGUCCGGGUUUGUCGCGUUCUCAUUGGGAACGUCGGUGAAGAUGAACGUGCUCUUGAUGGCGCCCCCCGCGCUGGUGCUCCUCGUGGGCGGCGAACGGCUCAGCGUCGCGUGUGCCGCGGUCGCCGCGGCCGUUCUCACGCAGCUGGCGGUCGGUUACGAGUUCCUAUCCGCCCACCCGGCUUCCUACGUCCGGAGGGCUUUCGAGUUCUCGAGGGUGUUCAUCCACCACUGGUCCGUCAACUUCAAGUUCGUUCCAAACGAAACCUUCGUCUCGCCGGCGUUCGCGGCGGCGUUGCUGGCGUGUCACCUCACGCUGUUGCUGGCGUUGGCGCACAGGCGGUGGCACAGGCACGGCGGCGGGUUCUUUCCCGCGUUCAUAGUCGACUUUUUCACUCGCGCGGGGUCCGACUCACGCCCCGCGACGCCAGCCGCCGACUACGCCCCAGCACACGUGGCUCGAGUGCUGUUCGAGGGCAACUUCGUCGGGAUCGUGUUCGCCCGGUCCUUGCACUAUCAGUUCUACGAGUGGUACUACCACACGCUCCCGCUGUUGCUCUGGGGGGGUUCGUGCGCGUCGCUGCCCGGGGGAUCGGCGACGCGGGUCGCGACGAUGGUCGCGGUGGAAGUCUGCUGGAACGUGUUCCCGAGCACGCCGACGUCCUCGCUCGCGCUGCUCGCGGCGCACGGCUUCAUCUUGGGCGGGAUUUGG